AUUAGCCGUCUGAAACGAAGGGGAUUAAUUUGUUUUUUCAUCACCAGGGAGGAGGCUCCUUUAGUUGUGGUAUCGGCGUGGCUAUUAUGAAGUUGAAACUGCCUCUUUGUGCCUGGUUUUCAGCCGCCUCUGCUCUGAGCGGAGCAAGUAAAGACGGGAAAAAGUAUAACUGUCAUGUUGCCUCGACCAAACCGGAAAGGUGACUUUUUUGUUGAGUGUGUGUGGUGUGUGUGUGUGUGUGUGUGUGGGUCGCUAGGUGUGUGUCUGUCAGAGAGAAGCAGAAGAGGGAGGGAGAGAGAGAGAGGAGUAGCACAAACAGGUGUAUCCCGAACAGGUAAAGCCGCGUGAAGCUGCGCCUUCUUUUUCUUAAUAAAUGGCAAACAGGAUGGCGUGGUCCUAACAAACCGAGGAUUUACACUUUCCACGAGGACUGAAUAGCACGACCGCGGUAUUCUGUGGCCCUGGGCUGGAUUUUAAAAAAGGAUCUUUUCCUUAAAACAACAACAACAACAACAAGGACGGCGACGAGGAGGAUGAUCCGGCCCCACGAGGCAUGAGUGCGCCUCAGUGCUUCAUGCCUGCCCGGUCAUUUAGGAUCGUAUUACCUGGACUGAUGAGCUUUUUACUCUAGCGCUGAAACUGUCCCAGCUUGUGCACAAUUAACAACAAAUUAAAAAAAAGCAAAAGAAACUGGCCAGGAGAAUGACAUCUCAGCUGAGCAGACGCUCCCUGUGUCUCUGUGUCCUCUGGAUCUUUGCGACGGCGAUACAUGGAGACUUCAUCGAGCCCCCUCCGGAGGAGACUUUGCAGUCCGUGGCGGACGAGGAGACCGUCCUGCCCUGUCGCUACAUGCCGGACACGGGCAACACGGUGGUACAGGUCACCUGGUUUAAGACCGUAGGAGAUAAAAAGGAGCAGAUCAUCACUGCACAUCAUGAUAGCGGACAAACAGCGUUCGGCACGUGGUCGCAGCGUGUGCGCUUUAAAAGCGACAAACCCAUCGAGGACUCGUCUCUGGUCAUCACGAGCACCGAGAUCUCGGACGAGGGGGAGUACACCUGCCACAUCAGCACCUUCCCCUCGGGCAACUUCGACCGGACGUUGUCACUCAUCGUGUGGACCAUUCCCAUCACUUCCCUGGACAUCGUGACCGUAGUGGAGGGACAGUCCUUCCGGCAGGUCGCCGCCUGUCGCUCCAUAGCCCGGCCCCCCGCCAUCCUCACCUGGGACACCGAGCUGAACGGCAAGUCCACCAAUCGCACCUCGGACAGCGGGGCCGUCUCCAUUCAGUUCUCCCUGCACCCGCUGAGGAACAUGAACGGCAAGAAGCUGGACUGUCUGGUCCGGCACCCGACUCUGCCGGGCGCCCGCAGGCUCUCCCAGAAGCUGGUGGUGCACUUCCCUCCAGACGUAGAAGUGUCGGGCUUCAACAACAAUUGGUUCGUGGGUUUGGAAAAUGCCGCCCUGACGUGCGUGAGCAGAGGAAACCCCAAACCGCACAGCUUCACCUGGAGCAGAAUGGGUGGAGAGCUUCCAAACGGUGUCAUCGCCCACCCCAACGGGACGCUGGCUUUCCAGCGGCCCCUCAACUCCUCGGACAGAGGCACCUACCAGUGCGCGGCCAAGAACGAAGUGGGAGUAGCCAAGGCGGAAAUGGAGAUUACCGUGUCAGAGCAGCCGGUGGACAAUGAAAACAUACUGAUGUUUGUGGUCGGGGGCGUGGCCGGCGGCCUGCUCAUCCUGAUGCUCGUCAUCGUCAUCUGCGUCACGUGCAAGCAGAAACGGAAGAACAAGAAGCUGGAGAAAGAGCUGACGGAGAAGAAGGAGGAAAUAAGCACCCUAUCCAGACAUGCCUCUUUCAGGAGAAUGAACUCUGUCAGCACGGACGCCAGAGGAACGACUGAAGAAAACAUCCCUCUCAGGGUGGAGGGGACUCUGAGGAACAGCAUGUCGUCCCUUGGGGAGCAGGCUUACUGCCGUGACAGCCGAUCUACUAUCUCCGGUGGGCGUGGAGGAGAAAGAGGAGGUGCCGGAGCGUUUGACUCCCUGGGCAGACCGGUUCUGUACAACAAUUCCAGGAGGGGACGGUACCUGGACAGAGGAGAGGACAGCCAAUCCAGACUGGACACGUACGACAGAUGCAGCUCCGUGUCCAUGGAAACCCGUUUCCACCCCCCUCUCAUGCCGUCCCCCGUCCCCAACAUCCACUCCACGGAGAUCGUGAGGCAGCUGAACGGCAGCGCCGUCACCUCCCUGGACGGCGGCUCGCGGGCGGGGAGCGUCACCAAGAACCACCUGCGCCCCCCGGCGAGCUGCACGUACCCGCCGGUGACGGACGACGAGGACGAGGUGGACGAGGGCCUGGGCGGCCCCGCCAGCCAGGAGCACCCCGACGACCGGGACAGCGUGACCAGCAGCUCCCAGGUGUCCGAGGCCCACAGCACGCGCUAUCAGCACACCAACGGCGGCACGCUCAUAGUCAAGACCCCCAUGUCGUCCAUCGCCAGCCCUCACGCCUCCCUCAUACACAAGGCCCAGAUAGUUUAGCGGCCGCAGGGACGAGACAAUGCAAAGACUGGCCGGCCCCGGCUUUGGAGGGCGUUCAAACGUGGACUAUGGUGCUGCAACAGAGCAAAAUCUUGUGUACUCCAGUGCUUCUGACUGUUGUGUAUUCCCCCAGGUUACUGGGUCAAAAAGCAAUGUCGCAGGUUUCCCAGGGCUCCCGGCUCAGCUGUUGCAGCGCCUCGAUCAGCUGCGGCAAACACGUCUGCAGACGACGGACUCUUUUCGCACGCGCGCACCAAAAGCCGGGGAGAUCAGGAACUGCGGGAGGAGCUUCACGGGACUGUGGGAAAAUUGGGCAAAUCAGAAAAAAGGGCAGAUUGCAACACCUCCACGCUGAGGGCGAACUGCUGCUCCCGGAGCCGUUUGAGCGGCGUGGCUCGCCUUGCACAACGCUGCCUGGGACCCGAGCCAAAGCGCGGACUCGUUCGUCUGCAGGCCACACCCGCGGCACGCAUACCUCCGCCUCGCUGUCCGCAGGUCGCGGCCUCGAGCACCGACGCAGUCCCCAAUCCGCGUACUGAUCCGGGCAUUUUGUACAGAUUCGGUUUCUUCUUUUGAAAAUGUUUUAAUGUCAAUAUCUAAACUGCUAAUUAUAACAGCAUCGACACGUUUACUUCUGGUUCGCGCAUGUCCGGGUCCUUCACUUCCACACCUGCAUUCAUUCAGACACAAUAACACAACGUAAGCAUGAAAUAAACUUUUUUUAUUUUAUUUUUUUCUAAUAGUUACUGUCUUGCCUGCUUUUGGGUACUUUUGUAAAUAGAUCUAAAUUUUUACACUGGAGACUACAAGCACGCAAGAACCUGACAAAGGACGUGUUUUAUCUAUAUUUUGGAAAGAUUCUUCUGAUAGCUGGUACUAUUCAGCAUCCAUAAAAAAAAAAAAAAGGACUUCACAAGAUGAACUGAACCAACGGACUGUUACGACUUGUUGAAAAACCGCUAAUGUAUUGCUGUUUGUGUUAUUUUGUGUGUUCAUAUGUGUUGUGAGUAUUCUCGGGUUCUGUUACAGCCCUGAUGCGGGUAGCGAUGUGCCAAAGGGAAAAAUACAGCAGUCAGUUUUGCUUUUUUUUUUUUUUAAAAAAAGCAAAUAUGAAGUAUUAUUUUGUUCUCCGCAGACUUAAUUACACGACUGGUUCUUCUUUUUUUUUUCCUGCUGUAAAUACCAACAUUUUCCAAUGUUUGAUUUUUUAGAAGCGAUAGGUAAAGCGCAUGUUCUCGGCAAACUCAAAGCGUCGUUGGUGAAUCGCACAGUGUUUGAGUGCAAGUCGUUUUUGUUUUUUUUUUUCUUUUGCAGACAGCGCCCCCUGUUGUGUGCUGCUGCUAAGUGCGGGGGCCUAAACUGACAGACUAUGAAAGACUCUGUGUGACACUGUGAUCAGAAUCUUCUUGGCCGCGUGGCUGGAGCUUCAUGCAUUCUGAGGGUCUUAUGUUUGGAUAUCACUCCAUGUACAGAGGGGUUGCAAUAAAUGUUUUUUUUUCUAAAGGUACACUGUGUACCGAUCAGGCGUAACAUUAUGACCACCUUCCUAAUACUUUGUAGGCCUUCAAAACAGUUCUGACUCAUCACAGGUAAUGUUCUGGAUCGUAGACUUAAUCUGUUAAAGUAAUGCUGACCUCAUACUGUUUGAUUAGCUGAAUUGGGUUAUUUUCUGUAAACUAAAGAAACACAAACCUCGUGAGGCUGUUUCAGAUAUUACUAAUAGUAUAAAAAUCUAGCAUCAAGCCAAACAGUGGUCACUUUUAUUUGGUUUACUACGUAAUACCGUGCUAUCCAUGGUCUUUUUUUAUUUUUACUAAAUACACAUCUAUUCAAGAGUAAGUGUCAACUAAAUAAAUAAUACAGCCAAUUAAAAGCAGACUUAAGACACAAGACAUAAUGAAUAACAUGUUAAAGACACAUAAUGGCCCUGAUGACUGCAUUUAAAAUGUUUUUUUUUUGUUUGUUUGUUUGUUUUUUUGGUUAGUUUUAAUCAAAUUUGCAUGUUGGAUGAUUGUCAUUGGAAAUGCCAUCUGGUAGCCCCCAUUCACUCUCUCUCUUUAUUUCUUUUUUUUUUUUUUUUUUUACAGACUAUAUUUUUACCCCUCUGGCUGUAACAGUUCAAAUAUUGCAAACAGAUGAAUGCACCUGAGUAACAUUCAUUUACAAUAAAGGAUUUGUCACAGUUUUUUAAUAAAUAAAUAGUUAAAUGAA